UUUAUUCGUCUGGAUGUUUCAGUAUUUUUAAAGAGUGGCAACUUAGAUGUUCUGGUAAUAAAAGUUGAAUAAAAAGUGACACAAUGACGAAAUUAGUGGAAAUUAUGUUGUUGUUCUUAACUAUUUUAAAAUAUUCUGACUCUCAUCCUACCCAAGUGAUUCAACCGAACAACCAUGAGUUAGUCAACGGAGUAAAUGAAAUUCCUCAAAGUUCUGCAACUCAAACUGUAAAUUCAGAAAAUAAAGAUAUUUUGAGUGAUCGAUUGAAAAACGAAGAGUUACGUGCAAAACGAGAGACUGAUGAUGAUAAUGAUGAUUACAUACUUGAACGACGUUAUGGAGGCCGCAAUCGUUACUAUCUUGUCAAGGAUGGUCGAAGGUACAAGAUUCCACAUGUCCACACCAUCGACCAAGAUUAUUACAUUCCCCAUAAAUCCAGCAACAGUCGCUUCAAUAUUUACCAUCCAAAAUAUGAUAAUGACCCCCACGACAUUUUAGAUAAUUUUCGUAUAAAAGGCCGUCUUUACAAACACCACGAAGACGACGAUCGUGACGACGACGAUAGCGACGAAGAUAACAGCGACGAGGACGACAGUGACGAAGACGACGACGACAAGAAGCAUCGCCGAAGAGGAUGUUAACAACAAUUACAAUGUCAAGGCCAUUCAUUAUUUUAUUUUGUAAUAUUUUACAUUUUAUAACUUCAUCACGACUUUUGAUUCGGUGAUGUUUAAAAAUUUAUGUUUGAAAUAUUUAAUUCUAUGAACUGUCAGUCAUUGCCCACACACUGUUUUUACUUGAAUUCAAUUCCAUGAAAUCUUCAAAGGAAGCCUUCUUGUGCUAUUUGUUCACAUACUUGUGGUAGAAAAUCUGAUAAAACUCUCUUGAUGCCAAAAUUGAUAGUCUUUAUAUUCAUUUUUAUUGCGGAAAGGGUUACCAUAGAAAAAUAUAAUGCUACAAUAAUAUCUAAACAAUAUCUUUUUAUAAAAGAUCUUAAAAGAAGACCUUUUCGAUGUGCUUUUUUUAGGCAGAGAUGAAACCUCUUUCAGUUUAUACUUCUCGUUAUAUGAUGUUGAAGUUUCAUUUUAAAUAAAAUCGAAUCAAAAUA